AAUGUCACAAUAAAACUCAUUUUACGUUUCAGAGGUAUUGGUUAUCGAGAAUACAAAAUUUUUAUUGCCUUUGUUCCAUGGCUUGAACUGGUCAAAAACGUGGAGAUAGCUGAUUAGCGAUGUCACUAAUAAAGCUCUUCAGCUCUCCUAUCAAAUUAUUCAAAAAGGAUGUGAUAAGUUUUCUUCUUAUCAGAAGACAUGAUCUAGGAGUAUUCGAUGAAAAACUCCGCUAUAUAGCCGUGAGGCCGACAGCAUCCGUGUCACAGCUCCGUCAGAAAGUCUGGUACCUCCUCGACUUACCUGACUUCUGCGAGGAGAUUAUUAUACUUAAAAGAAACAAUCGUCAGAUACCAUUAACUGAUCUUUGUAAAGGUAACGAUCCACAGCACCCAUACGUACUAGAAGUAUGGCUUCCUGGAAAACAUAGAUCGUCUUCCACACUUAACAACAUGCUAACUAUGGGCGACAAUAAAACCAUCGCGGAUGACUUCGGAGUGCCGGAAAGUAUUUUUGAGGAGAAAGUGACCCAUGAAUAUAAUGGAAAAGACGAAAAUGAAAAUCACGUGGGUGUGCCGAAAGAAACUGAUUUAAAAACAUUCCAAUCGAUAAAAAGUCAACAGGAAAUUAGAAAAUUCAUACACACGGAAUAUAAAAAAUCGGAUUUAACCUGCAAAAUAUCUUCAAGUUCAUUAUUCUUUAAACUGAAUGGACGGAAGAGUAGAGACAAUUUUACCAACAUGCUGCUAAAAAUACAAAGCGAUCUGACAACAUUGAAUACGAAAUUAUCCGAUUUAGAAAACAGAAUACAUUAUUCUUAGAUGCGCCACAGAUUAUAUAAAUACUUACAAGUGAUGAUUAAAAAAAAUGAUAACAGAUUAAAAAUGAAACAAUUGCCAAAAUAUAUAUUUAAUUCAUUUAUGUAAUUACAUUUUUACAAUAAAUUAUUACAAGCUAUGGUACAAAGUUUGUGUAGACAUUAGCACGUGUUUGAUUAUUACCUUUUUUUUAUUUACAUAGUUGUAUUUAUAAGGCUACAAGUUAAAAAUUACUGAAGGUAUUCAUUGGAGGUAAAAAUGAUCAUGACUAGGAAUCGGCGUAACA